GGGGAGGGCGAUGGGCGGCAGCAGGGUUCGGUGCGCGGCGCGGCAGCCCGGAAGGAGCCGGUUGGGGAGUUUCGGGGUGUGCGGCGGAAUCCUCAGCCGUCACCAUGUCGAUUAUGUCAUAUAAUGGCGGGGCCGUCAUGGCCAUGAAGGGUAAGAACUGCGUGGCCGUUGCGGCAGACAGACGGUUUGGAAUUCAGGCUCAGAUGGUGACCACAGAUUUCCAGAAGAUUUUCCCUAUGGGAGACAGACUGUACAUUGGACUGGCUGGGCUUGCCACAGACGUGCAGACUGUUGCCCAGAGACUGAAGUUCAGGUUGAAUCUCUAUGAACUGAAGGAAGGCAGGCAGAUCAAACCACAGACUUUCAUGAGCAUGGUGUCCAAUCUGCUCUACGAGAGACGGUUUGGACCUUAUUACACAGAGCCAGUCAUUGCUGGACUGGACCCCAUAACUUAUGAACCUUUCAUCUGCUCUCUAGACCUGAUUGGCUGUCCCAUGAUAACUGAUGACUUUGUGGUCAGUGGCACCUGCUCAGAGCAGAUGUAUGGCAUGUGUGAGUCCCUCUGGGAACCUGAUAUGGAACCAGAUCAUCUCUUUGAAACCAUCUCCCAGGCUAUGCUGAAUGCAGUAGACAGAGAUGCUGUAUCUGGAAUGGGUGUGGUAGUGCAUAUAAUUGAAAAAGAUAAGAUCACCACAAGAACACUGAAGGCUCGCAUGGACUAACUUAAGAUGGGGUUUGUUCUUAUUUCACAUGUCAAUCUGUUUGGAUUUUUUUUAAAUAAAGUUUCUUCAUUGUUGGA